CAUGUUCUCGCCCGUCAUUGUAGAUCACCCAUUGGAAACCAAAUUUGCAUUAACAUUGUGCUAUCGAUUAUCAAAUUGGGUUGAAUAAUAGUGGAAAUAGAACCCUUUAACUAAUUUAAAUGUGCCCAUAUAUUCUUCAUUGAAUUUUGAUGGAAAAAGACAUAUGUAAUAAGUGAACAGUGGACUUAAAAGUGAUUAUAAACCUUCGUUUAGCUUGAUUUCCUUGGAAUAUUUACGAGCGCCAUUUGGGAGAUGUGACUGACAGGCUACAUCUGAGAAUAUCAGUUUUAAUGACUAUUAAUCCUUCUAGAUCAUGAGUGGACGUCCCAGAACAACGUCCUUUGCUGAAGGAAAUAAAGCCGGAUCGACUGCACCUUACGGCGGAAUGAGAACAAUAAGUAAAGACGGUAGUAAAGUGACAACUGUUUUAGCCACUGCUGGAACAGGAUCAGAUAGAACACAAGAAGUGUCAUAUACUGAUGCAAAAGUUAUAGGGAAUGGUUCUUUUGGGGUAGUUUAUCAAGCCAAGCUAGUCGAAACCAAUGAACUUGUUGCUAUCAAAAAAGUCUUACAAGACAAAAGAUUCAAGAACAGAGAAUUGCAGAUAAUGAGGAAGCUUGAACAUCAAAAUAUUGUGAAAUUAAAAUAUUUCUUCUACUCAGCUGGAGAAAAGAAAGACGAAGUGUUCCUAAAUUUAGUCCUAGAAUAUGUUCCCGAGACCGUUUACAGAGUAGCUCGACACUAUAGUAAAUCCAAACAGACAAUUCCUGUUUUAUAUAUCAAGUUGUACAUGUACCAGUUAUUUCGAAGUUUAGCAUAUAUUCAUUCACAAGGAGUUUGUCAUAGAGAUAUAAAACCGCAGAAUUUAUUAUUAGACCCGGAAACAGGUGUACUCAAGUUGUGUGACUUUGGCAGUGCCAAAGUUUUAGUAAGGGGAGAACCCAACGUUUCAUACAUUUGUUCAAGAUAUUACAGAGCUCCAGAGCUAAUAUUUGGUGCUACAGACUAUACAUGUCAAAUAGAUGUGUGGUCUGCAGGGUGUGUUCUGGCCGAGUUACUUCUAGGCCAGCCAAUAUUUCCUGGAGACAGUGGCGUUGAUCAACUGGUAGAAAUAAUAAAAGUCCUAGGCACCCCAAACAGAGACCAAAUAAAAGAAAUGAAUCCUAAUUACACGGAAUUUAAGUUUCCACAGAUAAAAACACAUCCGUGGAACAAGGUUUUUAGACCAAGAACACCACAAGAGGCUAUACAGGUUGUUAGUCGGUUAUUAGAAUAUAUUCCGUCGGCUAGAAUAUCUCCUCUCGAAGCAUGUGCUCAUUGUUUUUUUGACGAAUUGCGAGAACCAUCUACAAGGUUACCAAAUGGUAGAGAAUUGCCACCCUUAUUUAAUUUCACCCCUCAAGAAUUAUCAAUACAGCCUAAUCUCAACCCUAAACUUAUACCUCCACACAUUCGUGCCAUUGUAAAUGACGGGCCACAAAGCUCAUCUCAGGACACUACAACCAACCCAGACGCCCAGGGUACAACAGCUACUGGAGGCACAGCUUAGAGAUAUAUUAGGAUUUUAGUGAAUCUACAGCAGGGAUGUCACCAAUGAAUAGUUUUACAAUGAUGUGAUAUGAUAAAAUUCGUUGAUUGGAGAUUGGCAUGUUUUAAUUUUGAUCAUCCUCUUACUGCAAGUAAAACAUUGGGAUGAUGAUGAUGAUGAAUUGUUGACGGAUAUUGUUGAAGCUUGUGAUUAUAGAAAACAAUUUUUAUCUGAAAUAAUCAAUGGCAUUUUUAUCCACGAUUUUAUUAGUUAUAUUCAUACAGAGUAUGAAAUUUUUAAUAAUGAAUGUUCAGCGGAUGCCAAAUAGACUCCAAUCAUACUGCCGAACAUUUGUUUGACGGACAGAGUUUGCAUGAGUGUGUAAAUGAAUGAAUGAAUUGUUGUGAAUGUUACUUGUUAUAGCAGUACAGAAUACCAGUAUACAGGAGGAAGCAUAGUAGACAUUACCUUGUUCAGGCUGACUACAAUGCUUUCUUUCCAAGGUUGGGGAGCAUUUUAGUAAAGUGCUUUCUUGCCUUGAAGUAAUAUUAUAGUCCAGUAACUUCAAUGUCUCCUUAUUACUUAAUCUGCAUUCUAUUGAUUAAGUUUGAUAUAAAAAGAAAUUGAUAGAAUGUAGUGUGAUUCAUAUUUUUAUACGACCGCAAAAAUUGAAAAUUUUUUGGUCGUAUAUUGGUAUGACGUUGGCGGCGUCGUCGUCGUCGUCGUCGUCGUCGUCGUCGUCGUCGUCGUCGUCGUCCGGCGUCGUCUGGCGUCGUCCGAAGACACAUUGGUUUUCGCACUCUAACUUUAGUUUAAGUGAAUGGAUCUCCAUGAAAUUUUACCAUAAGGUUCAAUACCAUGAAAGGAAGGUUGGGAUUGAUUUUGGGGGUUAUGGUACCAACAGUUAAGGAAUUAGGGGCCAAAAAGGGGCCAACAAUAAGCAUUUUUGUAACUUCCAGACAAUAACUUGUGUGUAAGUGUAUGGAUCUCUCUGACAUUGUACCACAAGGUUCCAUAUCACAAAGGGAAGGCUGUAAUUGAUUUUGGGGGUAAUUGCCUCAAAAUGUUAGGAAUUAGGGGCCAAAAAAGGGGCAAAAAACAAGCAUUUUUCUAGUUUCAUGACAAUAACUUGUGUGUAAGUGUUUGGAUAUUUCUGAAAUUGUACUACAAGGUUCCAUAUCACAAAGGGAAAGCUGGAAUUGAGUUUGGGGGUAAUUGCCCGAAACGUUUAGGAAUUGGGGGCCAAAAAGGGGCCAAAAAUAAGCAUUUUUCUAGUUUCCAGACAAUAACUUGUGUUCAAGUGUAUGGAUCUCUCUGAAAUUGUACUGCAAGGUACCAUACCACAAAGGGAAGGCUGAGAUUGAGUUUGGGGGUGAUGAUUCAUAAGGGGGUUCAAAAAAAUUUGGGGGGGGGAUUUUUUUUUUCUUUUUUUCCUUUUUUUUUUCUUUUAAAAUUUUCCAUUUUAAGUUGGUUAUUUCUGAUUUAUAUUUAAAAGCAAAUAAUAAUGAUAUGGUAGGAGAUACACACCAAACAGGAUGUGUAAAUUAUUAUAUAAUAAGUAUUGUGCAGUAGCAAGAAAUUUUCAAUUGCACAGUAUUGCACAAUAGCAAGAAAUCUUCAAUUGCACAGUAUUGCGCAAUAGCAAGAAAAUCUUCAAUUGCACAGUAUUGCGCAAUAGCAAGAAAUCUUCAAUUGCACAGUAUUGCGCAAUAGCAAGAAAUAUCCAAUAGCACAAUAUUGCGCAAUAGCAAGAAAUUGUCAAUUGUACAGUAUUGCGCAAUAGCAAGAAAUAAUCAAUUGCACAGUAUUGUGCAAAAGAAGAUACUUCGUAUAAAUUGCUUAUUUCUUGAUCAAUUUCAAUGGGGAUUUAUUCUUGAAUUCUUGGGGUUCUUUAAUAUGCUGAAUCUAACCGUGUAUUAAGUUUUUGGAUUUUGGGCCCCGUUUUUAAAUUGGUCCACAUUGAGGUCCAAAGGGUCCAAAAUUUAACUUUGUUUGAUUUCAUCAAAAAUUGAAUUAUUGGGGUUCUUUGAUAUGCCGAAUCUAACCGUGUAUUUAGAUUCUUAAUUUUUGGUUCUGUUUUCAAAUUGGUCUACAUAAAGGUCCAAAGGGUCCAAAAUUAAACUUAGUUUGAUUUCAACAAAAAUUGAAUAUAUGGGGUUCUUUGAUAUGCUGAAUCUAACCAUGUAUUUAGAUUUAUGAUUAUGGGCCCAGUUUUCAAGUUGGUCCAAAUCGGGGUCCAAAAUUAAACUUUGUUUGAUUUCAACAAAAAUUGAAUAUAUGGGGUUCUUUGAUAUGCUGAAUCUAACCAUGUAUUUAGAUUUUUGAUUAUGGGCCCAGUUUUCAAGUUGGUCCAAAUCGGGGUCCAAAAUUAAACUUUGUUUGAUUUCAACAAAAAUUGAAUAUAUGGGGUUCUUUGAUAUGCUGAAUCUAACCAUGUAUUUAGAUUUUUGAUUGUUGGGCCCCGUUAUCAACUUUGUCCACAUUGAGAUCAAAAGGGUCCAAAAUUAAAAUUUGUUUGAUUUCAUCAAAAAUUGAAUAUAUGGGGUUCUUUGAUAUGCUGAAUCUAACCAUGUAUUUAGAUUUAUGAUUAUGGGCCCAGUUGUCAAGUUGGUCCAAAUCGGGGUCCAAAAUUAAACUUUGUUUGAUUUCAACAAAAAUUGAAUAUAUGGGGUUCUUUGAUAUGCUGAAUCUAACCAUGUAUUUAGAUUUUUGAUUAUGGGCCCAGUUUUCAAGUUGGUCCAAAUCGGGGUCCAAAAUUAAACUUUGUUUGAUUUCAACAAAAAUUGAAUAUAUGGGGUUCUUUGAUAUGCUGAAUCUAACCAUGUAUUUAGAUUUUUGAUUGUUGGGCCCCGUUACCAACUUUGUCCACAUUGAGAUCAAAAGGGUCCAAAAUUAAACUUUGUUUGAUUUCAUCAAAAAUUGAAUAUAUGGGGUUCUUUGAUAUGCUGAAUCUAACCAUGUAUUUAGAUUUUUGAUUAUGGGCCCAGUUUUCAAGUUGGUCCAAAUCGGGGUCCAAAAUUAAACUUUGUUUGAUUUCAACAAAAAUUGAAUAUAUGGGGUUCUUUGAUAUGCUGAAUCUAACCAUGUAUUUAGAUUUUUGAUUAUGGGCCCAGUUUUCAAGUUGGUCCAAAUCGGGGUCCAAAAUUAAACUUUGUUUGAUUUCAACAAAAAUUGAAUAUAUGGGGUUCUUUGAUAUGCUGAAUCUAACCAUGUAUUUAGAUUUUUGAUUUUUGGGCCCUGUUAUCAUUUUUGUCCACAUUGAGAUCAAAAGGGUCCAAAAUUAAACUUUGUUUGAUUUCAUCAAAAAUUGAAUUCUUGGGGUUCUUUGAUAUGCUGAAUCUAACCAUGUAUUUAGAUUUUGGAUAUUGGACCAUAAUAGGUGAAUGUCCAAUUUAAAAUUUUUAAGUUCUUAGACCACAUUCAUUCUGUGUCAGAAACCUAUGCUGUGUCAAAUAUUUAAUCACAAUCCAAAUUCAGAGCUGUAUCAAGCUUGAAUGUUGUGUCCAUACUUGCCCCAACUGUUCAGGGUUCGACCUCUGCGGUCGUAUCAAGCUGCGCCCUGCGGAGCAUUUUAUUAUUUAUUUGAGCAGAACUUGCUUUGAAAGUGAAGACAUUGUUUAUAUAAAUGAAGAGUACUGCAUCAUAUGGAUUACAUUAAGAAGCAAAAAUACUGAUAGUAAUAUAUUUAUUGUCAGGGCUAUUCAAGAAAAUGUCUUGGGGUCCUUUGAGGGCAUUAACAUUCAAUUUUUUUGAGGAUGAUGGGGCAAGUUAGAAAUAUUUCAGUGAAGCAAAAUAAAAUAAAUAUGUUGAUGUUCUUUCAAAGACCUCAAUAGAAAUUUUUCUGGAACAUUAAAAGAAAAUUUAUUUUUUUUAUAUUUUCACUUCUUGAAUUUAUAUUUUCACUUCUUGAAAAGGGAUAACUACAUUUAAAGUUCUCUAAAUUUUGGGACUGAAAUUUUUCCUGUGAUUUUUAAUGCUCUUUUGAGAUUUGUUUUCGUGUUUCCUUCUCUUAUGCUCAAUAUUUAUGAUUUAAAAGAUAGAUAGAACAGCUUUGGUUAUGUAAGAAACUAUGAUAUGCAUGAUGUAGCAAAUUUAAGUCCAGAGUAUGUAAAUAUUUAAUUCAGGACAUGGAUUUUUUUGCAGCUAAAUUCUACAAUACAGAAUAAAUAAAUACAGCUAGCUUAGGAAUUAAAAAUGCAUCUGAAUUUCUCACACAUUCAGUUGAAAAAAAAUCAUAGUGAAUGAGGCAAAAGAUUAUAUUCUUUUUCUGGAUGUUUUGUUUUUUUCUAGAAAGAAUCCAAAAGCUGACAUAUUGGAAAGUGAUUUAGUUUUAUUUUACACAUUACCACAAACCAAUCUUACAAUCAACUGUUUUUACACAUUUUAUUAUACCUUUCACCAUUUUAAAUGAGAUGAAUGUUAUUUUACUGCAGUUUGAUAGCCACAUUAACGUACUGAUUCUCGGAUAAAAUAACAUGAUUUUUGAGUUUCAAAAAAUAAAACAUCUUUAUGCAAAAGUAUAUGACAUCUACUUUCAGUUUAUAAAAACACAGUUGUUUCACAAUAGUAAUCAGAAACAUUUAAAAAAAGGGAAUAUCAAAUUAAAAGAGAAUUUUCCCAAUAUAUAUGUUCUAAUAGUAUUUAUUGAUAAUGUGAUUUUAUGAACAUAAUGAAAGAGUUGACACAGUAUGCAUGAAUCUUUGAACAAGAGGUCACUACUAUGUUGUAAAAUUUUCCUUUGACAUCUAUUUAUUUGCAUUAGCAAACACUUUUUCUUAUCUUCCAUUCAUGUUAUUUAUUAUUUUCUAUAUUGUAACAUUUUUUUCUAUUGACAUAUAAAGAAAAUAUUAGCAGAUUAUAAUACAAAUGAAUUCGGUCUCAAAUUAAAAGGAAAAGUGUUUUGUUACUAGUCAGAUUCCUUUUCUGUCUUAAGACAUUGUAUCAAGAGUUUUGGGGUUGGUUUAAAUAUCGUUAUUUGUACUAUUUAAGCGAUAAAAAACUUAAAUUGAAAGAGAAUUUUACAGACUUUCAAUUGAUAAAAUUGAAAAUAACAAAUCCUGAAAAUACUAAAAACUUUGUUGCUAAUGUGUUAUUUGUUAUUUUUUCUUGUGGUAAAGAAUUUCAAUCAGAAUGAAUAAUUUGUCUGAUUUUGUCUACUUAGUUUUAUAGUAUUCUAAUAAAUUAUUAAUGAUAUGAUUAUGAAAAUGCAAAUAGAAAAAUAUAGAUGUAAUUCAAAAAAGGUUCUUUUGAAAGUGAAAAGUCUCUUUAAUAUAUGCCAUGGUCUUAACUUUAUGGAAUCGUCAUUGACAAGUCUUAAGUUAAAUUAAGAUUCUAUAAAACUGUUUCCAGCCAUCAACAUUUCAUGAUAAUGGUAAAAAAUGGUUAUCUAAUUUCAAAUCUGAUAUGAUUUAUUUUGUCUAGAAGGUUUAACUGUUCAUUUAAGGUUUAUUUCUUCUUUUUUUUUAAAAUUUGUACACACCAUGGCCAAAAAUUACACUCAUUUGAAUUUAAAAUCUUUAGUGAAAAUCUGGUUUUGGAAGAAAUCUGAAAGAAACAAGACAUUUUUACAUAGACAUUUUGAAUUCAGAUUCUGCAGGAAGAAUAUUUUCAUUGCAUAACCAGUAUUAUAAUCACAGUAAUCGAUCACCAAACAGUGAAAUAAUUCUGAAGUGAUGGAAAACAUGUCAAAACUGUACUCUAGUUGACAGUGAAUAUUAUUUAGUAAAUUCUGUGUAAUUUAAACAUAAUCAUCAGUCAGGAAAGGUGUUUGUUUUAGACACAUUUCACUGUAGUUACAAUGAAUACAUGCAUUUUAGGUGACCACAUCUGUUCAGUUGUGUAUGAUGUAAAAUGUUGGUAAAUAAAAAUUAAAGAUGACAAUAAA